GGCCCCCGUGCUCGGCCGCGAUGAGCUCGGUGCCGAGCUCCCGGGACGCUGGCCCUGCAGGUGAGGAACAAAACAUGACAGAAACAGAUGCCUUCUAUCGUAGCGAAAUGUUUGAUCCAGGAGAAAAGUACAAAAUGGACCACAAGAAGAGAGGACUUGCUUUAAUCUUCAAUCAUGAGAGGUUCUUCUGGCACUUAACCCUGCCAGAAAGGCGAGGCACCAACGCAGACAGAGACAACCUCACGCGCAGGUUUUCAGAGCUAGGAUUUGAAGUGAAAUGCUUUAAUGAUCUUAAAGCAGAAGAACUUCUGCUCAAAAUUCACGAGGCAUCAACCUCCAGCCAUGUGGAUGCCGAUUGCUUUUUAUGUGUUUUCCUGAGUCAUGGUGAAGGCAAUCACAUUUAUGCAUAUGAUGCAAAAAUUGAAAUUCAGACAUUGACUGGCUUGUUCAAAGGAGACAGGUGUCGGAGCCUGGUGGGAAAACCCAAGAUAUUUAUCAUUCAGGCGUGCCGAGGAAACCAGCAUGACGUGCCUGUCAUUCCUUUGGAUGUAGUGGACCAUAAGACAGGCGAGCUGGAUGCCAACGUCACCCAGGUGGAUGCGGCCUCAGUCUACACGCUGCCUGCUGGAGCCGACUUCCUCAUGUGUUACUCUGUUGCAGAAGGUUAUUAUUCUCAUCGGGAAACACUGAAUGGCUCGUGGUACAUUCAAGAUUUGUGUGAGAUGCUGAGAAAAUUUGGCUCCUCCUUAGAGUUCACAGAACUGCUCACCCUGGUGAACAGGAAAGUUUCUCAGCGCCGAGUGGACGUCUGCAAAGACCUAAGUGCGAUUGGAAAGAAGCAGGUCCCCUGCUUUGCCUCCAUGCUAACUAAAAAGCUGCAUUUCCUUCCAAAAUCUAAGUAACACUAUUUUGUUUUAUGUAUUUGUAUUCAACAUUGAUUUCCCUUUUUAUAUAAAUAAGUAUCGCUAGAUUGAAGAUUAUGGUACAGCAAUUUAAAAUGUUUUAUGGUUUAAUGAGAGAACUUAAAAAAAAUUAG